AAAAGAAAAAACAAUUUGAAUCCUUACCUUUGAGAAAAUUGUGUUGUUUCAAAGUAUAAUUUCAAUUGUUCUGAUUCAUUUGUAGCGGAUGGAGUUAUGUUUGAAUGUCCAAACAUACAGUAACUGUGUUUGUGUUUCAGCUUCACCCUCAAACGACACAAAACAGGUUGUUGUUAAAGAGGAGCAGCAAGAGAGGAGCUGCAGUCUGGACCAGGACCAGGACCAGGAGGAGCCAGAGCCCCCACACAUUAAAGAGGAACAGGAGGAACCUUGGACCAGUCAGGAGGGAGAGCAGCUUCAGGAGCUGGAGGAGGCUGAUAUCACCAAGUUCACUUUCACUCCUGUCCCUGUGAAGAGUGAAGAUGAUGAAGAGAAACCUCAGUCCUCACAGCUUCAUCAAACACAGACUGAACAGAUGGAAUCAGAAGCUGAUGGAGAGGACUGUGGAGGACCAGAACCAGCCAGGAACUCUGAUCCAGAUCGAGAUGACCAGACAGUAGACUCUUCUGAACCUGAGACUGAUGACAGUGCUGAUUGGAAGGAGACCAGAGAACCUCAGUCAGGUUCAAAUAAAAAAGUCCCUGUCAGUGAUCUGAGAUGCAGCGCUGGUAAGAAACCAUUCAGCUGCUCUGAGUGUGGGAUGAGGUUCAGCCAUAGUGGAAACUGGAACAGACACAUGAGAACUCACACAGGAGAGAAACCUUUCAGGUGCUCAGUUUGUAAGAAAUCUUUUCCUUGCAGUGGAAGCUUAAAGAAACACGUCAGAAUCCACACCGAAGAGAAACCAUUUAGCUGCACUGACUGUGGGAAAAGGUUUGGCUGUAAGACAAACCUGAAGAGACACGUGUUGAUCCACACAGGUGAGAAACCGUUCAGCUGCUCAGUGUGUGGUAAAGGUUUUAUUGAGAGUAUAAAUCUGAAGAGACACUACAGAGUUCAUACAGGAGAGAAACCUUUCACCUGCUCAGUUUGUGGGAAAAGUUUUAUACAAUCAGGACAUCUGACUCAACACAUGAGCGUCCACACAGGAGGGAAACAAAUCAGCUGCAGUGUUUGUGACAAAAUGUUCAACUGGCCUCAUCAGCUCAAAAGACAUAAAUGUGUUGGUGUUCAGUCCUCACAGCUUCAUCAGACUCAGACUGAGGAGAACAGAGAGACAGAGCCUCCAGCCAGCAGCUCAACUGAACAGACUGAAACAGAAGCUGAUGGAGAGGACUGUGGAGGACCAGGCCCAGACAGGAACUCUCAUCCAGAUACACCUCCACAACCAGAUACUGAAGACCAGACUGAAAACUCUUCUGUAGUAAAGACUAAUGACAGUGGGGAUUGGAAGGAGACCAGAGAGCCUCAGUCAGGUUUAAACUCUCUGAGAAAUGAAGAAGUUCCUGUCAGUGAUUCCAGAUGUGGUGCUGAUGAAAAGCCAUUUCACUGCUCUGAGUGUGGGAAAAGAUUUGGGUGCAAAGCACAUUUGGAGAGACACAUGUUAACUCAUACAGGAGAGAAACCUUUCAGCUGCUCAGUUUGUCGAAAAUCUUUUACUCAGAGUGGGAGUUUACAGAAACACAUGAGAAUCCACACAGGAGAGAAACUGUUGAGCUGCUCAGUGUGUGGGAAAAGUUUCACUGAGAGUCCCGAUUUAAAAAGACAUCUAAGAACUCACACAGGAGAGAAACCUUUCAGUUGUUCAGUGUGCUGUAAAGCUUUCAUUGACAGGAGACAAAUGGAGAUACACAUGAGAACUCAUACAGGAGAGAAACCAUUCAGCUGUUCAGUGUGUAGGAAAAGUUUUAUACAAGCAGGACAUCUGACUCAACACAUGAGCAUCCACACAGGAGGGAAACGAUUCAGCUGCAGCGUUUGUGACAAAAUGUUCAACUGGCCUCAUCAGCUCAAGAGACAUAAAUGUGUUGGUGGUCAGUCCUCACAGCUUCAUCAGACUCAGACUGAGGAGAACAGAGGGACAGAGCUCAACUGAAGGUUUCCAUCUCUGAUGAAGAGAGUUGUUUGCCCAGUUCUCUUAAGUGUGGGGGCAGGUUUGAUGUGCUCUGUCACCACAGGUUCAGCACUUGGUCCUGUCGAUGGCAGAUCUGAGGCAUCAGGAGGAGGCGUGGAGCAGGAGUAUGGCGUCAUACUUGAGUCAUAAGUCGCGCGAGCGAUAACACAUCUGCGCGUGUAAAUUAUUUUGUGUCACGCGCGCAUAUUUCGACUGCUGCGCGCACUUGUUUGAUCUUCGCGCACAUAUUCAGCAACCGAGUGAAGCAGAGGUAGGUGUGAGCGAGUAAAAAAACAACAGCAACAUGCACAACAAUACUCUCUCUCUCCCCCGUGCUAGCUCGCACUGGAGCUGCGCUCGCUCGAAGCAAGGACUUUUGACACAUUGGGGGCGGAGACCAAGGCUGACCCCGGCCCUCUUGUGAUUGGUCAUUUUCCCAGCCCUCCACAUGGGUGCCUUUUCAGUUUGCUGCUGACAGCUUAGUGGUAGCGGCAGCAUUAUCAAAACAACAACAACAGUUGUUUCAUGACGUUCAUGACCACAACUCUACGCUUCGCACAGAGAGAUAUGCGCACGUGCAGAUGUGUUAUCGCUCGCACGACUUAUGGCUCAAAUAUGACGCCAUACAGGAGGAGGUCUGAGAGGUCGGGGGUACAGACAAAUCAGAGUUUUGUAGGUGAUAAGUAGAAUUUGUAAUGUAUCCUGUGUUUGACUGUGAGCCCGUGGAGGUUGUGGAGGACUGGGGUGAUGUGGACUCUGAUAAGUCGGCAGGCAGUAGAGUUCUGAAUGUACUUUUUAAAAUGUAUUUGUUAUUGUUUACUGAAGACUUUGUGUGUGGAACCAUAUAACCAUGCCAGUGUUUCCGACUAAUUACCUAGACUGUGGCGGCCCACCAGAGUCUAAUCUGUUGCACCAACGUCACAUUUCAAGCUGCUGAAAGUAUAUUUACACUAUUCAUAGAAUAAAGUUAUUUUGCGUUGUGUUGCCAGUCAGUCAGAGCCCCGCCCCCACCUCUCCUGAGGACCUGAGGACCAGACCUGUGCUUGUAUUUACACACACGCACUGAAUAUACCGAGCUGCGUCUAACAUUACACGCUCUCCCUGAGGUUUCUUCUUCUUUUUCCCCGUUAAAAGGGUUUUUUGAGGAGUUUUUCCCUGGCCGCUGUGAGGGUCUAAGGACAGUGGGAGUCGUAUCAUGUACAGUCUGUAAAGUCUUUUGAGGCAAAUCUGAUUUGUGAUUUUCUGGGCGCUGGGCGAUAUAUCGAUAUAAAAAAUAUAUCAAUGUAUUUUUAAAUGUGAUUUGGAAUUAGACCAUAUCACAUAUAUCGAUAUAGUUCCAUUUUUUUAUUUCUUUAUAUAUACAGGUGCAUCUCAAUACAUUAGAAUAUGAUGGAAAAGUCAAUUUCCAGAAGUUCAAGUCAAACAGCCCCAACCAAGUAUUGAGUCAUAUAGAUGAGAUACUUUUCAGAGGCCAACAUUUACAUAUUAAACAUACUUUUUAAAAUUGGUGUUUUGUAACAUUAACAUUUUUUUUGAGACGCUGAAUUGUAGGUCUUCAUUGAAUGUAAGCCAUAAUCAUUAGAAUUAGAAUAAAUUAAAUAAAUGAAGACAUGAAAUGUUUAAUUAUGUGUGUAAUGGAUCUAUAGUAUGUGUUAUUUCCACUUUUUGAAUUGAAUUACUGACAUAAAUAAACUUUUCUAUGAUAUUCAAAUUUUUUUGAGAUGCACCUGUAAAUGCUGCCUUUACGAGGGUUUGUCAUAUUUAGUGCUUUUGUAAUGUUCGUUAUUCUUUUCUCAUAAAUAUAUUUAUUUCAGAAAAAGAUUGGCCUAUUAUAUUUCAUAGGCUAUUUAUAUUUAAGAUAUUUUUUAUUUAAAUGUGCACUUUAUGGAGCUUUGAUUUAAAAAAAAAAAAAGGUACUCCUGUUGUUAUACAGUAUUUAUGUUCACUUAAACAGUUUCAAUAAAACUACUUGUGACAUGUCAUAUUUGGUUUAACUUUGACUGAACAUUUGCUCUCACUUUACGAUAAAAAUAUCGGGAUAUAUAUCGUUUAUCGAUAUUCAGUCUAAAUAUAUCGGGAUAUAACUUUUAGUCUAUAUCGCCCAGCCCUAAUUUUAGGCUAUAUGAAUAAAAUUGACUUGACUUAACAUCAACAGACACUAACCCGGUUCAGUUUCCAAUAACUUUGAAUCUCCUUGGGCAGAGAAUCAAAUCAGAUCAAUCAAUCAAACAGCCUUUAUUGUCACUAUAUAGUCAACUAUACAACAGGAUUGGGAGUGCCUCUGCUUCAGGCGCAUAUUUUAAGCAAUCGUAACAACAAAACAAGGAUGUGAUGUCAUAAAUAAUUAUAAAAAAUAGAUAAAUCACCACUGAAAAUACUACAAAUGCUGCAGACGAGGUAGAUAGUGUGUUGCACAUAUUAAUUGUAUUGCACACAUCAGUUUUAUUGCACAAAUGGGCAUUUAUAAUGUCAUUUUUGUAUCCUGCUUUUUCUACUGUCCUAUGUGGGUGUUGAGAGUUGUGACAUCCCAGGGAAAGAAGCUCUUUUUCAUCCUGCUACUUCUGCAUUUGAAGAAUACAUUUAAAGUUUAAUAUAGAUUCAUUUACAUAAGUACAGUGGGAUCCUCUGAGAGUCUUCUUCGAGGUCAAAGAAAAGAGGUUUGGAAAAAUACUUCUUGCUUAAUUUUAUGGUUCAUUUUUUUCUGUUGUUAUUGAACUUUGCCUCCAUGU